ACAAACCCUCCCGUAUCCAUCACCCAGUUUCAACAACUCUUUUUGCCAAUCUUGUUUCACAGUUCCUUUCCAUUUUUUUUUUUUCCUUUUGGUCGGUAAACUUUAAAGCAUACACAAAGAUGAUAGCAUUUUACUCGUAAAUAUAUCAGUAAGCACCCUGAAAAUUUUACAAUAACUUGACUGGUUAUCGCAAAAUUGACCUGCAGAACAAAAUAAAGAAGGAACGUAGAAAACCCUCCCGUGGUGGAAGAAGUUGUCACAAAGAUAUCUAGCUAUUCUAGCUCUUCGGAGGUGGAAACCACGCGUGGUAUUCCCUUGGGACCGGGCCGCGGGCGGGGGUGUGUCGGGGGGCAGUGUUGGUGAUGGCGGUGGGAAGGUACAGACCCCUGGGCAGGUUAGUGAAUUUCUCCGAAGUGGUCCACCCAGGCAUGCGCAAUCCAGACACCAGAGUUGCUAAGGCCCUGAGGCAGAUAGAAGCGCAGGAUACAGUGAAAACCAAUCAGAGGGCUCAAAGGAUAAUCAGUUAGCCAAUCCGGAUUCGAGACUGAAUCAGAGCUUCAGCAUCCUGCUCGCCCCCACCGAUAUCCAAUCGGGGAGCCCGCUACUUUGGGCGGACUUUUCAAAACAGCGAAAACAAAACAAAUCGGGGACCUUUAAAAGGUGCAAUGUGACCAGAAACUAUCUCCUUCCGCCCCUCACGCCUAUCACUCCCUUUCCUUCCUCCAUAGGAUCAAUCGAGGAAUAAAGCCGUGCCCAAAUUCCAUCCUCCUACUUGGGAGGGAGGAGUGGCUCAGUAAAGCAAAGGCGAGUUGAGGAGGCCACAAAGCUGGCUGGAGACGUACACUUAGAGGAGGGACUCUUUUUCAAAGUCUGUUGAGGAGGCGGCGGAUCCCUCCGCGGGGAGUCACGUGCCCCGCCCCCUUGGGGGCGUCGGAAACUCAAAACAAAAACAAGGGGUUUUGUUGGGGCCUCCGCGGUGGUGGCGGCGUCAGCGGCGGUGGAAUCCAUAGUGGGGCAGGGCUUGAGGGACCGGCGCAGCGCCCCAGCCGGAGGGUGGGCGCGCGGGGAGUGGGAUGAAGCCGGGGCUGUGAGGCCGAGGCGGCGGUGGCCGGGGGGAAGGGUCGGAUGCCGGUCGGGGGCACCACUGAGGCGGCGGGUCCCUGACCUCGGAGACAGGUCCGGACGUCCCCGCCGCGCCCAGUCCCAUCCGACCGUGACGCCGCGGGCCGGUGGAGGCGCGGCUCGAGAACGAUGAAGGAUUUGGGGGCAGAGCACUUGGCCGGUUGUGAAGGGGUCCAGCUCUUCGGAUUGUUGAACCUCUACCUAGAACAGGAACAGAGAUUCCAACCUCGAGAAAAAGGGCUGAGCUUGAUCGAGGCUACCCCGGAGAAUGAUAACACUUUGUGUCCAAGAUUGAGAAAUGCCAAAGUAGAAGAUUUAAGGAGUUUAACCAACUUUUUUGGAUCUUGCACUGAAACUUUUGUCCUGGCUGUCAAUAUUUUGGACAGAUUCUUGGCUCUUAUGAAGGUGAAACCUAAACAUUUGUCUUGCAUUGGAGUCUGUUGUUUUUUGCUGGCUGCUAAAAUAGUUGAAGAAGAAUGCAAUAUUCCGUCUACUCUUGAUGUAAUCCGGAUUAGCCAAUGUAAAUGUACUGCUUCUGACAUAAAACGGAUGGAAAAAAUCAUUUCUGAAAAAUUGCACUAUGAAUUGGAAGCUACUACUGCCUUAAACUUGUUGCACUUAUAUCAUACUAUAGUACUUUGUCAUACUUCAGAAAGGAAAGAAAUACUGAGCCUUGAUAAACUGGAAGCUCAGCUGAAAGCUUGCUGCUGCCGACUUAUCUUUUCAAAAGCAAAACCAUCUGUAUUAGCUUUGUGCCUUCUCAAUUUGGAAGUAGAAACUUUGAAAUCCAUUGAAUUAUUGGAAAUUCUCCUGCUUGUUAAGAAACAUUCCAAGGUUAAUGACUCCGAGUUUGUUUACUGGAGGGAGUUAGUUUCUAAAUGCCUUGCUGAAUAUUCUUCUCCUGAAUGUUGCAAACCAGAUCUUAAGAAGUUGGUUUGGAUUGUUUCAAGGCGCACAGCCCAGAACCUCCACAAUAGCUACUAUAGUGUUCCUGAGUUGCCCACAAUACCAGAGGUGGGGUGUUUUGAUGGAAGUGAAAGCGAGGACUCUUGUGAAGAUAUGAGUUGUGGAGAAGAGAGCCUCAGCAGCUCCCCUCACAGUGAUCAGGAGUGCACUUUCUUCUUCAGCUUCAAAGUGGCACAGACACUGUGCUUUCCGUCUUAGAAAUCUCAUUGUUCUGGGUCCAAAAUUAAAGUGUGUGUACAGGUUUCAAAGCAAUAAAUGGGGGAGUAGGUAGUUUCCUGGUGCAGCCCCCAUCUAGGCAGGAAUUGCAUAGACUCUGGAAUACCUACCUUCUAUUUAUUAUUCAGAUCAGAUCUGGCCUAUUUUCAUAUUUAAUCCUAAGCCAUCAAAUGGGUUAGUGCCUCUUAAAAAAUUAACAAUACUUCAGACAUUGGCACUUUAUUUUUCUCCUUGAUCUUUAGCUACGUGGGGGAGGAGGGAAGGUGCUGAUACCUUCAAUUUAUUACUUUUCAAGAAGAUUUUUAAAGAUGAAUAGUGUAGCUUCAACUUUUUUAUAAAGCCUUCAGGUGUCUUUAUUGAAACAGAUUGGGAGUGUGCAAGUGCUUCCUUAGCAGGGACAAUGGAUAAUCCUUUAAUGGUUUAUCUUAGAUCUCUCUCUCUCUCUCCCCCCCAUUCUCAGAGCAGAGAAUAUACUCUUAAAUGUCAAAAACCUUUUUUUGUUUGUUUUUUUAAAUGAUCAGUGUUCUAUCUGAUGCAGACUCUAGAAACUUAGGAAUUAUAAUGUUGACAUUUCUGUGAAUUUUAGUAUGUAAUAUCUUCAUUUCUUUGAGGUUUCUGCCAAAACAGAAAUAAGCAACAGACUAAGGUUGUUGGAUAGUUGCAUUCCUAAUGCCUAAGUGUUGUCAGACUAUAGUAUUAUUUUAAUGUUUUUAAAACAAUCCAUAAUCUAGUUUUGCAUGUACCUGUAUGAGAGCAGUGCAGCAAGUUGAACAGAACUAGGUAACUAUGGAAUUGAUAAAUGUUGAUCUAGCAGCACAUUUUGUCUCAUUUUCUUCUAUUAAAAAAGUCUGCAUGAUUACAUUGUAUUUCCUUUGUAAUUCACGUUUCAAAAAUAAUGAUAUUGUACAUGGGUGCCAAGACUGAAUAUGAAGUGUAAAAAAAACCAAAAACCUAAGUGUUUGUAGUAUUAUAGUUUUAAGCGUAUCUGUGUGGUGGUACAGCCAUAAGAAUAGGGAUUUAUAAACUCUGUACACAUGAGAUUUUGUACAGAGAAUUUUUUUAAACUUUAUAAACUGUAUAUGAAAAUGUAAAUCU